AUGGCGGGAGCCCCGCCCCCUGCGCCCGCCCCUCACGACAGCGCCGCCGCCGCCCGUCCCUCAGCGCGCGUGCGCGGGGCGCGCUCCCGCCCCUCUUCAGUGCGCCUGCGCGGGGCGCGCCCCCGCUUCUCCUCAGUGUGCGUGCGUGGGGCGCGCUCCCGCGGAAUGUCCUCGUGGGAAUCAGGGAAUGUCCCCGUGGGGAAAAAACCCACGGGACCAUGGAAUGUCCCUGGGAUGUCCCCAGGAAUGUCCCCUUGGGAAGGGGCACUCCAGGCUCAUCCAGCCCCCGCACAGGACACGGCGCGCUCCCGCGGGGUGUCACGGGGCGUCCCGCGUGGGGACCCCUCGGGGAUGCGGUUACCGGUGACAGCCCUCGCUCCACCCCACGCCGUUGGCGCUCGGACACGCCGAGCCAACCGCCGCGCUGCUGGCCAGCGGGCUGGUGGCACCUGGGGCUGGCACUGCGGGGGCGACAAACCUGCCGCCGGUGACAGCGCCUCGGGGGUGGCACACUGGUGGCACCCCCUUGGUGACAAACCUGCCGCCGGUGACAGCGCCUCGGGGGUGGCACAUUGGCGCUCCGUGGCCAUGCUGCGCUGCCACGUGGUCGCCGUCCACAUUCCCGGGGCCACCGGCUUCGGUCCCGGUGUCCUGCUGUCCGUCUGCUUCCGAGGUGUCCCCAGGAGAACCCAGGUGGUGCCUGAGGAGCGCAGCCUCACCUGGAAUGAGGAGCUGGUGUGGCCGCUGGACAGGUGUCCCCUGAGUGCCACGGACACGCUGGGGCUGCACCUGCGGCGUGGGGACUGCCUGCUGCCCCGGGAGGACCUGGGUGCCACCACGGUGUCGCUGAGCGAGCUGGUGGCCAGCCCCAGGCUGCCGAUGGCCGUCAGGGACAUCCCGCUGCUGGACCACCGGGAGCGGCCCACGGGGUGCACCGUCACCCUCCGCUGCUACCACGACCUGCACGGCGCGGCUGGGGACGUCCCUGUCGCCACCGGGCACGGCCAGGUGGCCCUGGAGCCACCGGGGGUGGCACCUGAGGACAGGAAAGAGGAUUUCCAGGUGCGGGUGAGGGUCAUCAAGGGCCGCCAGCUGCGGGGCAAUGCCAUCAAGCCCGUGGUGAGGGUGCAGAUCGGGAGGCAGCACUUCCACAGCCGCAGCCGGAGCGGGAACAACCCCUACUUCAACGAGGUGACACCGCGGAGGGGACACGGGCACCGCCCCGUCCCUCGGCCCGUCCUCACUGCUGUCCCUUCUCCGGGUUUUCAGGUGUUCUGCCAGGAUUUCCACAUGGCGCCGGAGCAGCUGGUGGCACUGCCCAUCCAGAUCCAGGUGCUCCGUUCACCAAACAUCUGCACCAAGGCCGUCAUUGGCAUCUUUGAGCUCGAUGUCGGCACCAUCUACUCUGCCCCAGCACCCCAGCUGGGGGUGAAGCCCCAUUUUGGGGGAGCACCGGGCAUUUUGGGGAGGUUUCAGGCGUGUCUCCGGUGGCACCGGCGAGGUGACGGCGGUGUCCCCGGUGUCCCCGGCGGGACAGGCCGCAGCCUGAGCGGGAAGUGGCUGAGCCUGCAGCACCCGCGGCACCGCGACGGCCGCUCGCAGGGCUUCCUGCAGGUCAGCCUGGUGGUGCGCCGCGCCGGGGAGCGCGCCCAGGAGCGGGAGGUGCCGCCGGGGGACGAGGAUGUGGAGGCCAACCUGCUGCGGCCGCCGCCCUGCGCCACCACGCUGCAGAUCCGCGUGUUCCGCGCCGAGGACCUGCCGCGGGGUGGGGACGCCGGGGUGGGCAUGGGGGAAUUCGGGACGAAGAGUGAAUCUGGGGACCUCUUUGCUCCAACAGAGUGGGAACGCGGGGAAAUCGGGGUGAGGGGAGAAUUUGGGGACCCCUGCUUGCCGCAGGAGCCGGCACGGGCGUGCCUGGGCGGCACCGCGGGCUCGCUGAAGGUGUCGGUGCGGGUCGGCUUUGCGGGCAGGACGCUCUGCACCCGCGGGGUCCCCGCCGAGGCCAGCCCCGAGUGGAACGAGGUUCUGUCCUUCCCCCUGCGGCUGCCGCCCAUCUGCGACGAGAUCCUGCUGGAAAUCCUGCGUGGGUCGUGCCGGAGCAAAGCCCUGGGCAGGGCCACCCUGCGGCUGUCCCAAAUCUCCCGGGAGCCCAAGGAGCUCGAGGAGGGGACCCCCGGCUUCUCCCCCUCCUUCGGGCCCAGCUUCCUGCCCUUCUACGGCCCCCGGCCGGACGCUGCCAGGGACUCGGGGCCGGUUUUCCGGGGCCGGCUGCUGCUGGAGCUCUGCACCCACACGGGGACCCCGCCGGGGCGGCAGCGCGACGCCGUGGCCCCGGUGGACGCCGAGCGGGCGCAGAGCCGCCUGCCCCGCUGCCAGCUGGGGCUCUGCGGGGUUUUCUACUCGGCCACGGCCGUGCCCGGCGGCGCCGAGGCGCUGAGCCUGGAGCUGGGCAUGGGGGGCACCGCGGCCGCCACCGCGCCCGCCCUGCCCGCCUUCGACGGGAACCUCUACCACUACCUGCCGUGGUUUGGGGACAAACCUGUGGCCGCUGUCACCUCGCAGUGGGAGGACGCCGGGCACCGCUGGGACAGCCUGAACCUCCUGCGAGCGCUGUGCCAGCACCUGGAGGAGAACCUGGCCAAGCUGCAGGGACACCACGGGGACGCCAGCGGGGACAUCGGGGUGAAGCUGCUGCAGGAGCUGGAGCGGGACUGCGAGGCCGCCCUGCAGUACCUGGAGGAGCAGCCCGUCCUGACCGCCCUGGACCAGCAGCUGCGGAGCUGCCGGCGGCGCCUCCUGCAGCGGCUGCAGCGCGAGGCCAGGGCCGACGGCGGCCGCGGGGACGCCCUGGGGACGGUGGCCCGGGGGUGGCUGCGGCGCGCGGCCGCGCUGGCCGUGGAGCCCCAGGCCGGUGUCCCCGACGUGCAGCUGUGGCUGCUGCGGGGCCAGGCGCGGGUGGCCUCGGCCCGUGUCCCCGCCACCGAUGUCCUGCACUCCCCGCACGGCCCCGGCGCCAGCGGCCAGCUCUGCGGGAGGAUCGUCACCCUGUUCCUGGGCUGCGGGGACAGCCAGGCCCAGGUGCGGGUGUGGCUGUGGCUGGGCCGAGUGGCCGAGAGCGGCGAGCUGGCCGGGCUGCUCGGGGGGAGCCUGCGCUUCUACUGCCAGAUGUUCGAGAACCAGACGCGGCUCUUGGGGACGUGGGGGCCCCGGCGCUUUUGGGGGCGCCCCGCGUUCUCCGACAGCUCCGGCCGGGCCCUGCCCCCCCCGGAGGAGCUGCGGCCCCCCAAGGGAUGGAGCUGGGACGGGCCCUGGAGCGUGGAGCGGCCGCGGCGGCGGGCGCCAGCACGGGCAGAGGGCGCAGGGACCGUGGUCCUGGAGGAGCUCUACGAGAACCAGAGCCGAGAGCCCGGUGGGGACUGGACCAGCACGGCCAGCACGGACGCUGUGAGUGGGGGACAGCGUGGGGACAGCGUGGGUGGCACCGGAGUGUCACUGCUCAGCGCCCGCCUGGUUUUGCAGAAGGGAGUGGCAGUGCCACCAAAGGAGGAGGUGGCAUGUCCCCAGGGCUGGCACGUCACCAGUGACUGGCAGGUGGACACGGAGGGGGCUGAGGAUGAGGACGGUUGGCACUACGGGGUGGGCACGGAGGACGGCAGCCCCCCGGCAGCGUGGCACAGCGAGGGACAGCAGUGCCACACCCUGCGGCGCCGGCGCUGGCUCCGGGUGUGCCACAGGGACAGCGACGGCUGGGCACAGGACACGGACACCUGCAGCAGCCUGGUGACACUCGCGGGGACAGGGAUGGGUGGCAGGGUGGGGGUGACGGGGAUGGAGGACCCCGAGGAGCUGUGGGAGGAUGAGGCCUGGCAGCCCGAGUGCUUCUGGGGCUGCACCUUCCAGCCCAAGGUCCCGGCCGGGCCCCGGUGCCGCCGGCGGCGCUGGCAGCGCUGCCUGGUGCCCGCCGAGCCCGGGGCCGCCGUGGCACCGCUCUUCCUGCUCCGGGGAGCGCCGGACACCGAGGAGCCGGCUCAGGACAGUCCAGAGGUGGCCCUGCAGCAGCCACUGCCCUUCAUCCUCUGCAGCUUCCAACGCCCCAGCCGCUUCCAGCUCCGCUGUUACAUCUUCCAGGCGCUGGAUCUGGCGCCCGGCAGCUCCAGGACCUCCAUAGAUGCCACCGCGCACGUGUCGUUCGUGUCCCUGAGCCAGCGCACGGGGACGGCGCGCGGGGCGCUGGACCCGCGCUGGGAGCAGACGCUGCUGUUCCCCCGGGUGCCGCUGUUCGGGGACCCCCGAGGCGUCGGGAGGGACCCCCCGGCCGUGGUGGUGGAGGUGUGGGACCAGCGGGGACAGGGCCCCGCGGUGCUCCUGGGCCGCUGCGUGUGCUCCCCGCGGGUCUGGCUGGACGCGGCGCUCCGGGAGCCGCCCCGGCUCCAGCCCCACGCGCUGCGGGGCCCGCGGGGCGCGGCCGGGGAGCUGCUGGCGGCCUUCGAGCUCCUGCAGGAGCCCCAGGACGGGUCCCCGGCUCCGCUCGGCCCCCCGCCCCUGAGCAAGGACGGGUUCGGCAUCCCCCCGGAGCUGCGGCCGCGCCUGCACUGGGUGGCGCUGGAGGUGCUGGCCUGGGGGCUGCGGGGGCUGCGCGGGGCCGUGCGGGAGCCGCGCCUGGAGCUGCAGUGGGGGGAGCAGAGCCUGUGGACGCCCCCGAUCCAGGACGUGGCCACCAACCCCAACUUCCCCAGCAACGCCUUCCUGCUCACCCUGGUGAGGGCGGGGGCGGGCCCGGGGGUGGCUGCGGUGGCCGGGCCGUCCCUGAUCCGUCCCCGGCCGUGCCCGCAGGCGCUGCCCGAGCAGGAGCGCUUCGUGCCGCCCAUCCGCCUGCGGCUCUGGCACCGCGCGGGCGCCGAGCGGCGGCUGCUGCUGGGCCAGGCCUGCGUCAGGGAGCUGGGCCGGUACCGGUGCCCCCCGCCCUGCCAGGAGCCCGGCAACAGCUCUGACACGGUCGUGUCAAUGCCAGACGAGCUCCUCUCCGUGCCCGCCUCCUCCAGCCCCUGCAGGCGUUGGUGUUCCCGGUUCCUGGCCAUGUCCCCGGCCAGGAUGGCUCAGGACCUGCUGGGCUACCUGAGGAGCAGGCGGGCUGAGGAUGAGGACGAGGAAGAUGAAGACGAGGAGGAUGAGGACGAUGAGGAGGAGGAGGAGGAGAGGGACUGGUGGAGCAAAUUCUACGCGUCCAUGGAGGACAAGGAGCCCAAAUCUCCAUGGGGAACCAACGGGGACAGGCUGAAGAUCUACGGCUGCGAGCUGGAGGCCGUGCCCGAGUUCCAGGCGCUGCAGGAUUUCUGCCAGAGCUUCCCCCUGUGCAAACCCGGCCGCGCCCCCGAGCCCGUGGGCACCUUCAAGGGGCUGUUCCGCAUCUACCCCGUGCCCGAGGGCGCCGCGGCCCCGCCCGGCCCGCGCUGCUUCCAGCGGCUGCCGCCCGCGCGGCCCCAGCCCUGCCUGCUGCGCGUCUACGUGGUGCGAGCCUUCGACCUGUCCCCCCGCGAUGUCACCGGCCUGAGCGAUCCCUACGUGCGGGUGGCGCUGGGCAAGAGGACGCUGGGGCAGCGCGACCACUACGUGCCCAACACCCUGGAGCCCGUCUUCGGCAGGAUGUUCGAGCUGACGGCCACCAUCCCCCUGGAGAAGGACCUGCGGGUGACAAUCAUGGACCACGACAAGGUGCCCCCGGACCGGGAGAUCGGCAGCACCACCAUCGACCUGGAGGACCGGCUGCUGUCCCAGCACCGCGCCCACUGCGGGCUGCCCGGCCUGUACCACACCGCGGGCCCCGCGUGCUGGCGGGACCAGCUGUGCCCCAGCCGGGCCCUGGAGCUGCUGGCGGCCGCCCGGGGGCUGCGCGGGCCCCUCUUCAGCCGCGGGGGCACCGCCCUGAGCCUGGGCGGGCGGCGCUUCCUGCUCAAACACUUCGAGCGGCGCCACCCCCCGCCCCGCCACGCCGGGGCCCCCCGGGAGCGCCUGGCCCUGCACGUGCUGAACCUGUGCGAGCUCGUCCCAGAGCACCUGGAGACACGCGGGCUGCAGAGCCACACCCGGCCCGGCCUCGAGCAGGGCAAGGUGCAGAUGUGGGUGGACAUCUUCCCCACCAGCCUCGGCCCCCCCGGGCCCCCCGUGAACAUCGACCCCCGCCAGGCCGAGGGGUACGAGCUGCGCUGCGUGGUGUGGAACGUGCAGGACACGGAGCUCAGGGACAUCAACCUGCUGGGCCAGCGCAUGAGUGACAUCUACGUGUCCGGGUGGCUGGACGGGCUCCCCGAGCAGCGGCAGCACACCGACAUCCACUAUCGCUCCCUGGACGGCCGCGGCGCCUUCAACUGGCGCUUCGUGUUCCCCUUCGAGUUCCUGGCGGCUGAGAAGCUCUGCGCCAUCCGCCGCAAGGAGCACGUGUGGAGCCUGGACGAGACCCUGCUGAAGGUGCCGCCCAAGCUCAUCCUGCAGGUGUGGGACAAUGACAAGUUCAAGGCGGACGAUCUGCUGGGGAUCCUGGAGCUGGAGCUGACCCGGCUGCCCCGCCCGGCCCGCAGUGCCCGCCUGUGCCGGGCCUCGCCGUCGGAGCUGCCCUGGCUCUCGUGGCCCUGGUUCUCCCUGCCCCUCUUCCUCCGGCCCCUGAACCUGUUCCGCAGGCGGAGGGCGCGGGGCUGGUGGCCCUGCACCAUGCACGAGGACGGCGGCCAGCGCCUCUCGGGGAAGCUGGAGCUGAGCCUGGAGCUGCUGUCGGCGCAGGAGGCCGAGGAGCGGCCGGUGGGGAAGGGCCGGGAGGAGCCCAACAAGCACCCAACCCUGCCCGAGCCCAGGCGCCCCAAGUCCUCGUUCCUGUGGCUGACCUCUCCCCUCCGCCUCAUCCGCUACGGCGUGCGCUGGCGCUACCUGCUGUGGCUCGGGCUGGGGCUGGCGGCGCUGCUGCUGCUCCUGCUGCUCCAUUCCUUCUUCCCGAGCACCCUCAGGGUGAAGGUGGCUGAGGCGCUCCCGCUCCUGCCGGCCACGAAGCAUCCCCGGACUGAAGGCUGA